CACUGCAGUCACGCUCUCUCCCUCUAUUCACGCGCAGUGCACUUGCCUGGCGAUGCUACAGCGGUUCCUCCUCCCUUAUGUAUUGGACUGUACAGCUACAAGAGGCGGGAGAUGCGCAUCAGCAACCCGCUACCCGCCGAAGCUCCCUUCACUUCAGGACGGAAGAUACUAAAUGUGGAUGCAUUCAGGUGCAAACUUGCAUGAACUAAAAAAUAGUCCAUGCCGGGGUUCCGGGAUGUUAGAUAGCUGCACGUAGCCUUUUCUAGGGCUAUAUUUCACUGUUGGACGAGGGAUUCGGCGGCGUCCUCAGCUGUUGCAUUUGGGGGCUGAAGUGUCAGGCAACUAUGCGAUUUAAUUUCGAACGGUAAUUCCGGAUCAGUUUGACUUGUGCGGCUGAUGCGAGCGGAGGUUGACUGUCAGUGCCCUCUGAGUUGUAUUUCAAGCCUGUUGUCGCCGGUAUUCCCGACAACGGAACCGUAGGGAUGGAAAAAGCUAGUCAGCCACAGCUUUCGCUGUCCAUAACAAAGAGUGAAAGUCCAGCGGAGGACAUCUCAAAUAUACAGGACGAGGACCUUCUCAAGUGGACCAAAGAGGAUUUGGUGCGGCGGCUCCGGCGGUCUGAAACCGAUAAAAUGAGCGUGAUACUGGACCACAGCAAUCUGAUCCGCGAGGUCAAUCGCAGCCUCCAGCUACACUUGAACGAAAUAAGAGGACUGAAGGACAUCAACCAUAAACUGCAGGAGGACAACCAGGAGCUGAGGGACCUGUGUUGCUUCCUGGAUGACGACCGUCAGAAGGGCAAGCGGGUGUCCAGGGAGUGGCAGCGACUGGGGCGCUACAGCGCCUCCAUCAUGAGGAAGGAGGUGACGUUGUACCUUCAGAAGCUCAAGGAGCUGGAGUUGCGGCAGGACGAGGUGGUCCGGGAGAACCUGGAUCUCAAAGAACUCUGUUUGUUACUCGACGAGGAGAAAGGUGGAGCAGGAGGAGGAGGAGGUGGUGGAGGGGUGGGGGUUGGUGGUGUAGGAGGAGGAGGGGGGGGAGGUUGUGUGGUGGGGGUGGCAGGAGGGUGUAGGAAUUCUAUCGAUAGCCAGAGUAGUUUGUUGCUGGUCCCCGGGACAGGGUUGUUGAUGAGGGACGUGGGGGAUGGGAGUAGUACGUCUAGCGCGGGGAGCGCCGACAGCUCCGAUCACCCCCACCACAAGCAGCUCCACCUGGUUACACACGCUGGUAGCCUCGGGGGCGGUGGAACUGGGAGCCCGGAGCAUCUCCAAAAGCCCCGGGCUGGCAGUGUGAGUGGAGAACGUGAGAUCCCCUCCAGCCCUGAACCUCCUCACCCCCAGGGCAGGCACCGUAGUACCAGCCUGGAGUAUCCCUACGCUAUGCCCCAGCUCUGCCGGCCCCGCUGCGGCUCCAUCUCGGUGCCCGACCACACCCAUAGCGCCCGUUCCAUGCGGGGGCUCAGCCCCGAGAAGUACGGCCGCAACGUGGGACGCCGGAGCCCCGAGUCCCAGCACCCAUCCACCAAGCACCACCACCUCCAUAGCUCCGACCUGCUUCUCUCCCAGAAACAGCAGCACCUCCUGGGGUCGGGUCAGGGCGGCAGCGCCGGGGAGCUCUACCAGAGGCACCACAGGGGGAGCAUCGGGGGCGGUAGCUGCUGUGGAAGCCCCGAGCCCAGACAGGCACAUCUAGGGUUGGGGACGCCAGAGCACCAGCACCAUGAGAAGGGCUGUGUGAUGUCAGCCGGGGGCAGUCCAGAGACUCACAGGCAUCAGUAUAGUGGGAGUCCAGACCACAUGAAGUUCGGCAGCCCUGGGAGAGAGGUACAGAAGAGACCGGCCACCGCUGAAGAGCUGUCACCGCAUCACAGGAGCAUCUACAACGGCAUGAACGGUAGGUGUUAUAAGACUGGUUAUAAGACUACAGGGGUUAAUUGAGAUUUCAAAGAAGUACUCAUUCAUAUACAAACAGUACACACACACACACACACACACACACAGACAGACACACAGACACAGACACAGACAGACAGGCAGGCA